AUGACAGCACAAGUUGCUCGCUGGCAUGAUCUGAAGAUAUCAUUUCAAAAACGUACAUAUUUACCUACGGGGUUAAUGAGCUAUGAAACUAACCGACAAUCCCCGCUAAGGCAACCACUAUAUGCACUCAACACUCUAUUUACUGAGGAAAUGACUAUAUUACGACAACUCAAUUCUAGCUACGUCGAUUUUGGUGAAAUCAGUUGCAUACAUCAUGCAUUCAUUCAUCAAGCCAUCGAUCAUCCACAAAAGUUGGCAUUACUUCUCGAAGAACAAUCACUCUCCUAUGCUGAGACUCUUUACUACUCUCAACACCUUGCUGCAAAUUUCAUUGGUGGCGGAGUGAUUGGCCAUUUAUUUGAACGAAGCAUCGAAAUGAUUAUUGCCAUGAUGGCAAUAUGGAUAAGUGGCGGUAUCUAUAUGCCUAUGAGUCCUCGUGAUCCAAUCGUUCGAAUUAAGACAUGUAUUAAAAGUACUCAUGCUCGACUUGUCCUUGUCCAUGGUUAUACAAAACAUCUUCUUUCAAACCAAUCCGAGAUCAUUAUUAUUGAUAUUGACAAGAUCAUUAGUUGUCCAAUGAUGAUUGAUGAAAAUAGCUUAACUAAUAUUCGAGUUACGCCCAAUGAUAUUUCACACAUCGUAUUCACAUCAGGCUCAACUGGAACGCCUAAAGCUGUGAGUAUAGCGCAAAAAUUUCUUCAUCUCACUGGCAUUAUGUUCAAAAUAAUACAGUCAAUUUGA